AUGGGUGAUUUUAAUGCAAUUAGGGGACCAAAUGAAAAGAUAGGAGGGGCGGUAUGGGGUGAUACAUAUUGUGAUGAUCUAAACAAUUGUUGUAGAGAGGCAAACUUAGAUGAUCUAAGAUAUAUGGGGAACCAUUUCACUUGGAGUAAUUCUAGUGUAGGGCAAAAGAGGAUAGCUUGCAAAUUGGAUAGAGCUCUUGUUAAUGAAGGUUGGAGUGAUGUUUUGCCGGAUUCUUAUGCACAUUUUCUCAAUCCUUCAAUUUCAGACCAUUCUCCUUAUGUAGUGAAUUGUGGAGGGGGAGAGGAGAGGAGAAAGAGAAGUAGGAAUUCAAUAAAAGAAGUAUGCCUUGAUGAUGGAACCUUUGUGAGUGAUAAGGGAGAAGUCAAAAAGGAGUUUGUAAACUACUUUAAGAAAGUUCUCAACUCCACGAAUGUUUGCAAUUUAAACGUUAAAGAAAUACAAAGGCUGGUUAACUUCCAAUUGGAGAGCCAAGUAAAGGAGAUGAUGAUUAAGGAGGUGGAGGAGGAUGAGAUCAAAGCUACCAUCUUUGCCAUGGACAACAAUAAAGCUCCCGGUCCGGAUGGUUAUGGAGCAUUCUUCUUUAAGGCAGCUUGGGAGGUUGUUGGGAGUGAUGUAACCAAGGCAAUCAAGCACUUUUUCUCCACGGGUCGUCUCCUCAAAGAGAUCCUAGCAAAUCGCCUCAAAGCCAUCCUCCCAAACUUCAUUGAUAAAGCACAAGGCGCCUUUGUGGGAGGUCGGAACAUUGGAGAAAAUAUCAUGUUGUGCCAAGAAUUAAUGCACAACUUCCACAAAUUGGGCAAAGACAAGAAGGCGGAUGGUGACUCCAUUUCACUGAUGAAGAAUACCCUUAGCCUAUUCCAUAAGUGGUCCGGGCUGAAGAUGAAUUGUGCUAAAAGUAAUAUGUACCUUUCCGGGGUUUCCCAAGAGGAGAAGAAGCAAUUCUCGGCUAUUAUCAAUAUGGAAUUGGGAGAGCUGCCUUUUAAGUAUUUAGGAGUGCCUAUAACUUCUUCAAAGCUCAAAUGUGGUGAAUGCAAGAUAUUGAUUCAGAAGAUUGUGGGGAGAAUCACCUCUUGGCGUAGCAAAGCUUUAUCCUAUGCGGGUAGGCUCAUUCUUAUAAGAGCUGUCCUAUUUAGCAUUCAAAUAUAUUGGUCUUCAAUAUUUAUACUCCCUUCAAGUAUCCAUAAGGAGAUUGAUGGAAUUUUAAGGAAUUUCCUUUGGAGUGGUGCUUCAAUGGAGGGAAAGAAGGCAAAAGUUGCUUGGGAGGAGGCUACAUGGAAACUUAAGGAUAACUUGGAACCCAAAAAUGAUGAUGAAGUCGUGUAUGCAUCAAAAGGAAUAACUCCACCAACCUUGGGGUCUUCCACCACUAAUAUUCCUCUAAGAUGA